UAAACGCCACCUUUGAAAAAAAAUAAAAAAUAAAAAAAUUGUAAAUUUUCCCUCUAGUUUCACAAGCACAACCUUUAACCUAAUUAAACACAAACAUUCAUUAUAUUUCUCAGCUCAUGUGUUCAGCUCGCGCGCACCAUUGUCAUCUCCCUGCUUCUUCUCGUACCGACAAGCUCUCAUCUCCCUCCUCCUUCUCCAUCGGCGAGCACGCCCACGUACCCCUUCUCCACCGCUAAGCACACACUCCACCAGCUCGCACGCCCUGAGAUUCUUGAGGUGGCGGAACUCGCUGCAGCCGACUAGGUGAGAGGGAGUAGUCUAGAAAAAAAACACUCUCGAAAACCUCUUCGUCGCUCAAAAAUGGAGGAGGUCAACGGCGGCGUAGGUCGCUUUGACUUAGAUGUUAUCCCCGAGAAAUACUGUAAAGAAGGGACACCGUCGUCUUACAAAACAUGCUUGUCCCCUCCUCACGGCCUCAUUUCCGUUGGCGGUCGUUUCCUAGCCUCCUCUCAGCUCCGGGAGUCCUCCACUUCCGGCCUCAUUCAUUACUGGUCAUGGAACAAGUGAGGAGUUUUCUGGCAGAACCAAUUAAACCCUUGGUGUCGAAUCGCGAAGGUACUUAACUCAAUGGUGGGGGAGUUUUAGGCGAUAUUUCUUAGCUCCCGUGUUUUUUGAUUCGACGAGGAAAUUGUGGAAGGAGUAGAUUUUGGCCAGAAAAUCUGCUGGAUUUUUUGUUAAUACUGGUACACAAGGCGCCGGCCAAGAGACUACUGCGUGAGUUUUCCGAAUUCAAUUAAGAUCAUUUACUUUUUUGUGAUUUUUCAGCAAUUGAGAUUAGAAUUUGCUUCUUGUUUUAAUAAUUGAGUAAUCUGUUUGAGUUUAAUGUCUUGAUUUGCCUCCUUUUGAGGUGGAAGUUAUUAGUUAGGUUAUGCAAUUGAAUUGUGAAUGGUGAAAUGUGCAUGAUAUUUGGACAAUGGGGGUUAAUAUUUUGCAACUUGUUUGAAGAGAGUUGUGUGUUUGAGUUAUAUGGACUUGGUUUGAUUGCUUGUUUUGAUGGCGGAAUGUCGUGCUUUAGGAUAUGUGUUUUAAUUGUGGUAGCCGUACUUAUAAAAGGUGUUUGACUUGGUUGAGUUCGUGAUUUCAUGAUGUUCUGAUUAUUAUGUUAUUGGGCAAUGGUUCUAUUGCAGACAGUGACAUUAGAAUAUAUUUAGUCAUAGUUAAUUUCUGGUGGUAUUAUACUACGUUUUCUUUUUUGAUUUUGGCAACAAUUUUGUUUGGUAUUUUAGAGGUCUCUCAAUUGGUUGAUAAACUGAUGCCAGUCUCAUUAUGUCAGUUGCCUUUGAUAAAAAACUAUUUUUCUUGUUAUUAUGUUUACUUCUCUAGAAGAAAUUACUUCGAGAUUCAUGUCAAGAACAUAGCACAUCCACUCGGAAUCUGAAAAUGCUAGUUAAAUACUUGUGUUAGUCAGAAUUUCGUGCCUUUCGUUGAACCAGAGAUUAUGUAAAAAGAUAGACAAUGUGGUGGCUUUAUCAUCAUUGUUUCCCUGCAAGAAUAAUUUAAAGAAAUGUUACUCUCUACUAAAUAUAGUUGUUCAAUAGUUAAAUGUUAGAUUUAGUGUCAUAGCAUUAGAGACCAGGGUGCUAGAGAAAGAGUGCUGAGGCCAGGGAUGAUUUUGUUAAAGAGUUACAUCCCAGACAGUGAACAUGUGGUUUACUAGACCUUGGUCAUAUUUGAAAAUUUUCCUAAAUAUUCAUCUUUUUAAGAAACUAUAUUUCAAGGACAGUAUUAGCAUUCAACAGAUACAUCAUAUAUGUGAUAUUAUGUCAUACUUGACCAUUUCUAAAAAAAUAAAUCAUUUUUUUAGCCUGAAAUAUAACAUUUGAGUUGCCAUUAACUAGUUCAGAGUGUUAAGUUCGAAACAACGGUCCUUCAGAUGGAAUAAAGAGUCAGUUAACCUAAGAACACUGCCACGGGUCAUAUUGGCUCUUCAUUAUGUGGACUGCUUAUAUGUUUCUAUAGUAAGGAAAUGUAGGGAACUUAGCGUUGGUCCUGGGGGCUUCUAUAGCCCCGGUUACAAAAUAAAGUAAACAGUAAUGGCAUGAGAUUUCAUCCUGGGGCAAGGACAGCACUGGCAUUCAUUACAUUAAGAGUCGAUGGUGAUCGCAUAUUUCUCUUUUUCCGCAAUCCAUGUGCUGAUAUGCUCCUUCAAGAAUCUGAGCUUGAUAAAGACCUACUUGAAAAGGCAAAGAUCUUGCUAUGCUUCAAUGAGUUUGAUAGAGAAACCUUGCAGAUCAGCUCAUCUUGCUGCAAUGGGUAUUCUGAAGAAGCUGCUGAAGGAGACCUGGGACAUGUCUUUUGGAGAGGCACGCCUGGAGUUGUUGAAUAUGCAAAUUAUAAUGAUAUGAAACGUGCUUUCAGGAAGCUGGAUAAUUCUGAAUUUCGUAAUGCAUUCUCUCGCACUUAUAUCCGAGUGAGGGAGGACUCGAGGAGUCUGAGUCUAGAUGACAGGUCGAGAAGCAGAAGCUACAACCGUGGCUGUAAUUAUAGUCGAAGCUGCAGCCGCAACCACAGUAUAUCUCCGCGAAGAAAUUUACGCCGUUGUUAUUCUAGAUCUCCUUCUAAGUCCCGCUCGAGAUCUCCCUCUCGUUCUCGCUCUAGCUUGAUGCUUGGGUUGCAUGGGAGCAGAACUUUCCAAUUGCUGCACUUAAAAACGUUUUACUAGCUUUGGAAAAGGAGCAACUAUAGCGUAGAGUCAUACAGGUCUACUCUGAGGAAUACGCCUUAUGCUAGUGAGGAAAUUGAUGUGGUUCGUGAGCAAUGGGUUGCAAGUAUUUAUUAUUGCCCCGAGGGCGCUUGAUCGAGUUGGUUUAGAUGUUAUAGAACAAUCUUUUAUGUUAAAAUGUAUGCGUACGUUGAAAUUGGAACCCACAUAUAUUUAAAUGUAUAUGGUACGUGCACUUUGGUUUUGCGAUAUAUACAAAACACCAUUUAUUUUUUUUA